AUGACUAACAAGUUAGUCCUAUACGGGCUACUGCUGCUGCAGUUGACCGCUUUAGUGUUCGGUUCUCAGAUCUCACCAGGAAGCAGAAGAAGGGCAGGAAUCAGAAACAAGUACACUCCAUCCUACCGAGUCUCCAUGACAAUCUGGUACGUGGUUAUCGGAGUUGCUGUAGCGUUUGUACUGGCCCUGAUUGCAUCCAUUGUGUAUUACUGUGUCGUGGUGAGGAAGAGGAACAGGGAUAAGAGGGAAGCGGAGAAGUACAAGCCCAUGGGAGGAGGUUACAAGUCCAAGGCUGAUCAGGACAGGGAGAUGGAGGAAUAUCUGGCGCACGUACGACCAACAAAGAGUAUGGGACCUAGCUACGACCAGUUUAUAGCCCGAGAACCAGCUUCAACUUGAUAUCGUUAGUAUAUCGAACAUCCAGAGAGGAAAGAGGACUUGAGGAUGGGUCAGAUACUGUUUCGGAGAUCGGGGCUUGAGUUGGCGAUGUAUUGGAUUGUUUUUAUAUCAGAUAUCUUUUGUUUUUAUCAAGAGUAAUCCACUGAAGGGUCGGGAUUGAAGCAUUACGCUUCAAUUUUGGUCCAAUGGUAACGAUUCAUUAUGGUUUCAUCAGAGUUACUAAAAGAUCUCCGGCAUAUUGGGCAGGAACAUCGCAGAUGGACACGAAUGCUGGAUCGUUCAUGUUUCAGAUUGUAUCAAACCGGUUCAUCCAUUUUGGGGUUAUCAAUAUUAUCCCGCUCAAUUAAGAUACCUCUCGAGUAAAUAUAUUAAAGUUAGUAUGUUUACCUCUUUAACCCAAACGUCUACAGAACUUUUAUUUUUUGUCUCUACCAGCUGGUUUUUAAUAACUAAUAUGAUAAUUGUAUGGUACAUCCAUUAUAGCUGAUAUCUGGUAGAAGAACACGUUAAUAAGAUCUUGUUGUUUUCUGAGGAGGGCUUAUUAUAUGUCUAUUUAUAGUGAAAAUGUGUAUACUUAAAGUAUAGUAUAAAAAUACAUGAGCACACUUCCAAAUUUUUACUAAGAAGGCAUCACAUCAAAGUCACAGCUCUGCACUCACAAAAACGGACAAGUCAUCCCUCGCCAUCCCCUCAGUGUUCGGGUUAGAAUCACGAUUAGCUCGAGGGAUGACAUGAACACGAAGGCGCAUAUGUGUGCCGCAGCUGAUGAAUAAAACAUAUAUCAAGGGUAGCACAUUGUAGGCCGGAAUCCUAAUUUCCAUCACAGUAAGGGUUAUAGGUGUUCAGGAAAGAGCAAGGAUCUAAGUGUUAGCUUGUACUAACGACCCCUUAUAGGCUUUGAAUUCAGGGGCGAACUACUACCAUGUGAGAUUUAUGCCGAGGGAUGGUGAGUCCUACCCGCGUGCACUCCGUCCGUUCUUACCCAUCUCGACUUGUCGUGUUUUUAUUCGCUUAGCUUGAUAAGGCACGCCAUUAAAGUGGACUUAUUAAGAACUGGCAUAUUAUGAGAUCAUCAAUUUUCAUAGCUAAAAUUUCUGUUAUCUCCGAUGCAAAUUCUAAAUCUGCUUACUUAAGAUGUUGACGCGAUCGGAAAAUCUGACCAAAUUUCUUAAUUAUUUGAUAUGAUUUAAUUUUCUAAGUUAACAUUUUUAUCAGAUUUAGGCGGUAGAAAAUCACUCUCACUCGCAGAACUAGAUAUUUCAUUUAAAUUUCACCAAUUAUAAAAGUUUAUGUUUAAUGAGUGUUAAACUUAAAGUCAAAGAAUUGAUAAGCACCGUUAAAAAUACUGCAUGUGUAUCCUCGCAAUCGUUAACAGUGAUAUUCAUCUAUUUAUUUCCAUACAUUUUAGUCUACUAUUCGCAUUAAUUAUAUAUUAAAAAUAUGAAAUAUCCGGAUUUGGUUAUCUAGUUAGAGUUAGUGAUAGUCCUACACGGUCAUGAUUUUUGCUUAUAUUUUCAUCUAAUAGUAAUACCGCUACUGAAAUACUAUCUUGUUACAAAUGAAGAAGAUUUGUUUUAUUU